AUGGUUGCUGCUCGAAACCUAAGUCUCGGAGCAUUACCUAUCAACCAGCCGCUGCCGCCUGAGUCGAAGGAUGUCAACGAGGAUCUUGAGCGGGGUCUGGUUGGAAAGGAACACGUCGUACUGAGCAUUUCUGGCAUGACCUGCACUGGAUGCGAAACCAAGCUCAGGCGAACUCUGGCCACAGUGAACGCAGUCAAAAACUUGAAGACUAGCUUGGUAUUGGCUAGAGCCGAAUUCGACUUGAACAUUGGUGCCGGCUCGGUGGAUGAAGUCAUCAAACAUCUCGAACGAACAACUGAGUUCAAAUGCGAAAAGAUCACCGCGCAAGGUGCUGCCAGUGUCGACAUCAUCUGUCCUGGCGAUCUCCAAGAUUUCAUCAAUCAGCCGUGGCCCAAUGGUGUCACGGAUAUUCGCGUUAUAGAUAAGGCCAGUGUUCAAGUAGAAUUUGACGCGAAGGUCGUUGGGGCCCGCGAUCUGGUCGAAACGGGCUGGAGAACGCCUGUUACGCUGGCGCCACUUCGAGCGGACCCUUCGUUGGAGGCUGGAAACAAGCACAUUCGCAACAUGGGAUGGAUCACUUUGCUUUCAACUAUCCUGACGAUUCCCGUUCUAGUUAUGGCCUGGGCACCUCUUCAAAAGAGAGAAAUAGCCUAUGGCUCGGCAUCGCUGGCCUUGGCGACGAUUGUGCAAGUUGCAAUUGCUGGGCCCUUCUAUCCAAAAGCUUUGAAGAGUCUGAUCUUCUCAAGAGUCAUUGAGAUGGACCUAUUGAUUGUGCUAAGCACAAGUACCGCAUACAUCUUCUCCGUUGUGUCAUUCGGGCUCCUUGUCUCUCAGAAGCCCCUUUCGACUGGGGAAUUUUUCGAAACGAGCACCCUUCUUGUAACGCUGAUCAUGGUCGGUCGGUAUGUGAGCGCUCUAGCGCGACAAAAAGCCGUCGAAUCCAUCUCGAUACGAUCUCUUCAGAUCUCGACGGCUCUGAUCAUUAACUCAGUUGGCGAAGACGAGGAGAUAGACGCCCGUCUCCUUCAGUAUGGAGACAGCUUCAAGGUCGUCCCAGAUUCUAGAAUUCCUACGGAUGGGACAGUUAUCUCAGGUUCCUCGGAAGUUGAUGAGUCAAUGAUGACCGGAGAAUCAGAGCGCAUCGAAAAGUGCACCGGAUCUUCAGUCAUUGCUGGCACUAUGAACGGCUCUGGCGCUCUUACUGUUCGCCUGACUAGGCUUCCCGGCAAUAACACCAUCAGCAAUAUCGCGGGAAUGGUCGACGAGGCUAAGCUUUCUAAGCCAAAGAUCCAGGACAUUGCUGACAGAGUCGCUUCAUACUUCGUACCGGUAGUUGUGACCAUCACCAUCAUCACUUUCUCGAUUUGGAUCGCUGUUGGCAUUGCGGUUCGCAAGCAGAGUGGCUCGGAAGCACUUAUCCAGGCAGUCACGUACGCUAUCACCGUCCUCAUUGUCUCUUGCCCAUGCGCUAUAGGACUCGCAGUACCCAUGGUCAUUUUGAUUGCGAGUGGUGUAGCUGCCGAAAAGGGCGUCGUCUUCAAAUCUGCGGACAGCAUUGAGCUUGCCUACAAGACAUCGCACGUUGUCUUUGACAAAACCGGAACUCUCACAACUGGAAAUCUAAGAGUUGUGGACGAGGCAUACUUUACACAAGAUCAAGAGACCAUCAGAUCGGUGCUUUUAGGCCUCGUUGGCACUACUAGACAUCCAGUCUCCGUUGCCAUUUUCACUCAUCUAAAAGCACAUGUUGAUACAUCUACAGCUGUUACGGAUCUGAAGGCCCUAACGGGCAAAGGUGUGGAGGCGAAACUCGACGGAGCCACUCUUCGAGCUGGCAACUCGCGUUGGCUUGGUCUCUCUACCGACCCCAGAGUUCAACCAGUUUUAUCCAAGAGCUAUACAGCCUUCUGCCUCACUGUGGACAACUCCUUGGUUGCCGUCUUUGGCCUCGAAGACUCUAUCCGCACAGAUGCUCUUGAAACAAUUUCCAAUCUACAGGCUUCCGGCAUCUCUGUUCAUGUCCUCUCCGGGGAUGAUGAUGGUGCCGUUCGAACAGUGGCUUCACGAUUGAGCGUCCCACAUCUCAAUGUUCGUUCCCGAUGCACCCCUAGAGACAAGCAAGAGUACAUCCAAAACCUACUGUCUCAACCUUUGUCGGACCCCCACCGAGUCAUAGCGAAGAAUCCGAAAGAGCCAGUCGUUAUCUUCUGUGGCGAUGGAACUAACGACGCAGUUGCGCUGGCCCAGGCCACCAUUGGCGUGCACAUGAGCGAGGGAACCGACGUCGCAAAGUCCGCCGCGGACGUAGUUCUCGUGCGUCCGAGCCUUACGGGGAUUCUCACCAUCAUUGCCAUUAGCAAGAAAGCUACCCACAGGAUCGCCUUCAACUUUGGCUGGAGCUUCGUAUACAACUUGUUUGCCAUUCUCCUCGGCGCUGGCGCGUUUGUCAACGCCAGGAUUCCGCCCGAAUUUGCGGGCUUGGGUGAACUAGUCAGUGUCCUUCCAGUCAUUGCCACCGCGGCACUUUUGCGAUGGACCGCAAUCUAG